GGCGCCCAUCGUUGUCUGGAUUCAACUAUAAAAUAGUACGAGAGACUGACAGUCAGAUUGGCAGCGUAAGAAAAUUGGAAAGUAGUUAUUAAACAUCUUAAAAGGGUCUGUGUAUAGUGAUAUGUGGCUGCCGCUGUUUUAAUACUAUCAGUAUGAAUGAUGGGACAAGAGAGGGAGAUGUAUUAUUGCAGCCUAUCCAGAAACAUGUAGCUGCAGACAGAAAGGCUGAGACGGUUUACUCAUUUACAUUUGAGCAGUUUCAAGUCACCUCCAAACAGUUUUGACUUUCUAUUGUUAAAGUAUGACAUUGAUGGAAGCAUCUGAAACUAAAAUAUCUCUGAUGGGUUUGGACUCACACUGUUGGUUUAUACACUCCUGCGCACUAAACCAGAGGGAAAACCACAUUUCAGUGAGAAUAGAGCAUAUCUGCAUGAUGAUCGUCUGCAGGACUGAGCCUCUGACUCAGGGAGGAUGCUCUCAGUUUACAUGCGGCUUAAGACCUAAAGUAACAAAGAGUAAAAAAUGUUGAAAAAAAGAAAAAAAUGUGGUCCAGUUCAGACAUAAAGCCGGUUCUGGACACCUGCCGAUGUGAUGAUGUGGGACAGGAGGCUCUGACUCUGAAGGGAGCAUCACUGGAGAGGAAGAGUAAAGAUCAUAGAGAGAAAACAACCUCAUUAUAUGGGAAAGAAAACGGUUGUGUUAAUUUCAUGGACUGCUUCAGUGUGCCAGAACAGGUGACAGACGGGGAGCUGUCCAAUAUGCAAGUGAGGAGUCCCCCUCAUCAGCUUCCUCAGUGAGAAUGAAAUAAAUAAACAAUGAACGGUCCACUCUCCUCGCGCGCCUCAUCCCAUCUCAUGCAUGGCUGCCAGUAAUGGUCUACUGGGUGUCAGCUUUUAUUGGCACGGCACAAAGCAAGUGCCAAGGACUCGGUGGCUCGACUCCCCGUUGCAGACUCGGCCUGUGGAUAAAAGCAAGCAAAAUGCCUCAGACGAGCUCAGAGACAUAGUCAUGUUGGGCUGGAACGAGGAAGUGCAGUGGAGAGGGGAGGGACUCAGGGCUCAGCUCCAUGGGGCCGCCGCGGCGCUGAGACCUUCUGCACAUGGAGCCGGGGAGAGUUGGAAGAACUUCAUACUGCAAACUCAAGGAAUAGCAGAGUACUUGCACCGCAUGGAGACAGAGGAAGCCCAGGAAAUGGCCCAGAUGCCAGGCAGGGACAGCCCCCCUGCCAACGAAGCAUCCGAGGAGGCAGAGGAGCCCAUGGCCGUCCCCGAGGACCUGUCAGCCGGCUCCGCCCACCAGCAGAACAACAGAGGGGACAAAGCCUGUAACAUUAAAGUUGAGGCUCGCAGUGAUGAGGAGAAUGGGCUGGCCUGUGACAUGAAUGGCGUGGAGGAGGACGAGUGCGCGGAAGACUUGCGCGUGAUCGAUGCCUCGGGGGCCAAGGUGAACGGCUCACAGCCGAGCCCCGAAGCCAAGGCCUUCUCCUCGGCCGGCGGUAUCCGGCUGCCCAACGGGAAGCUCAAGUGCGAUAUCUGUGGGAUAGUUUGCAUUGGCCCCAAUGUGUUGAUGGUGCACAAGCGAAGCCACACUGGAGAACGCCCUUUCCAGUGCAGCCAGUGCGGUGCCUCUUUCACCCAGAAGGGUAACCUGCUGCGCCACAUCAAGCUGCAUUCGGGGGAGAAACCCUUCAAGUGUCACCUGUGCAGCUACGCCUGCCGCAGGAGGGACGCCCUCACCGGCCAUUUACGCACCCACUCGGUUGGAAAACCCCACAAGUGUGCUUACUGUGGGCGGAGCUAUAAGCAACGCAGCUCUCUCGAGGAGCACAAGGAGAGGUGCCACAACUACCUCCAGUGCAUGGGGUUGCAGAACAGCAUCUACACAGUAAAGGAAGAAAGCAACCAGAAUGAGCAGAGGGAAGACUUAAGCCAGACGGGAUCUGACAGAGCCUUGGUGCUAGACAGACUAGCUAAUAAUGUAGCUAAACGUAAGAGCACUAUGCCACAGAAGUUUGUGGGUGACAAACGUCUGUCAGACCUCUCCUACGAUGGAGGAGCAGGCGAGCUGAUUCAGCCCCACGUCAUUGACCAGGCCAUCAACAGUGCCAUCAGCUACCUGGGGGCCGAGUCGCUCCGGCCCCUGGUCCAGACCUCCCCUGCCUCCUCUACUGAUGUGGGCCUCGGAUCCAUGUACCCUCACCAUAAGCCGGCGAAUGACGGCCAUGUGGGGACGGGCCACGGCCUGUCGGCCAAAGACAGUGCGGCUGAGAACCUGCUGCUGCUCUCCAACUCCAAGUCUGCCUCCAGCGAGAAGGACGGCUCGCCCAGCCACAGCGGCCAAGACUCCACCGACACCGAGAGCAACAACGAGGACCGUACAGGCGGGCCGGCCCCCAGCCUCAUCUACCUGACCAACCACAUCAACCCCGGGGUGAGGAACGGCGUCCUCCCUCUAGUGAAGGAGGAGCAGCAGAGGCAGUACGAGGCCAUCCGGGUCAGCAUGGAGAUGGCCUCCGAGGGCUUCAAGGUGGUGACGGCGGACGGGGAGCAGGUGAGGGCGUACCGGUGCGAACACUGCCGCGUUCUCUUCCUGGACCACGUCAUGUACACCAUUCACAUGGGCUGCCACGGCUUCAGAGACCCCUUCGAGUGCAACCUCUGCGGUCACCGGAGUCAAGACCGAUACGAGUUCUCCUCUCACAUAACACGAGGGGAGCAUCGCUACUGAGCCCCGCCCACCAGGGAGCACACACAUGCACACACACUUUCGCACAGAUAAACAGGUGUACAUAUGGAAAAAAAAAUCCCCCACAGAUUCACUCAUAGACAUGCACCUGAAACAAGUGCAUAAAAAACAAAAUGUAAAUUACACUGUUGAUGUCUGAAAGUUGUGUUUUUUAUACAAAGUAUGCAUGUUUGUUGAUUAUUACAAAAUCCAAUUCUAUUCAUUUCAAAUGCCAUGCUCAAAAGAAAGACCAGUUACUCAUUUGUCUUUUUUAAAUAAACAAAAUAUUGUGGAGUGAAGACGACACAGCUGAGGCUCCGUCCCACUUCAUGUAUUUACAGUCGCCACGUGUAUAAAAUGUAUAAAUGUGACUUUUCUUUUGGAAAACGAGGCAGCAUCUUUAUUUUUUCCUAGUUUUGAAAUAGAAAAAAUUUUCACCCAUUCACUUAAGCAUCUCUGUAGUGAAGUGUCUGAAACAUCAGUAAAAGAUUCUGCAGCUGUUUUUAGUGCAGGAAAAAACCUACUUUAUUUACGGCAAUCAAUAAAAACUUAACAAUCAGUGUAGAUAACCUCACAUUUCCCUCCCAAAGUGCUAUUCUUGUAUUUGUAUCAACCUACAUAUUAUUUAUAUCACAUUUACACUCCUGUCUGUUUCUUUGUAUUUAUUAUAAUGAUCGUUGUUUGUCUGUAGGUUAGUUUUUAAAAACAAAGUUGCAUCUUUUUUCUGUUCGACUGUACUUAAUGUAUUUGAGGUGAAAACAUGACUGCUGCUGAUCCUGGCCUUUUUGUUUUAUACCUGAUGGCUGAGAAUUGUUUCAUACACAACAUGAAGCUGAGCCAUGUGAAGGGAGCUUUAUGCUUGCAAAAAAAUAUCAAUAAAAGAUAUUUUAUAUAU